CUUUAUCUUGACACUCGGCUAUCGCACGCAUUGCACUACUGGCGCAUACCGCGCUAAUGGCGGCCAAACGUGCUCAGAAGAGUGCCCGAUCCGAUUGUAGGCCUAUCUUUCAUAUGAAUUUGUCAUCGAUAUUGUGAUAUUGAUUUUAUUCCAUAAAGUUGUGCAGUCCAAAAUGUGGCCCAAACUACUGGACAUGAGUAAGGAUGAAUGUAAGAGGUUACUGAGACGCAUUGAGUUGGAGGCAUAUGCUGGAAUUAUUAGUGCAUUCCGAGCUCAAGGAGAUCUGACAAAGGACAAGAAACAAAUUCUUGAUGAGUUAGCAACAACUCUGAGUAUUUCUACAGAGCGUCAUCGUGCUGAAGUAAGACGAGCAGUAAAUGAUGAGAAACUGUCUACAGUAGCUGAGAGGUUGAGUGGACCGAACAACUCUUCAGAAUGGGCAAUUGAAGGACGUCGUCUAAUUCCACUUAUGCCCAGACUUGUUCCUCAGACUGUCUUUUCCUUAACAGCCAACCAGGCUGCCAAUGCAGCAUUUAGUCAUAAUCUCACAUUACCGCUGCCAUCGCAAACAGCCAAAAAAGAAGCAUCAAGUGAAAAUAGCGUGAAGCUUCCAAGUCCGUCCUCUAAUGUGGUUGUUCUUCCCAGUGGUCUCUCCAUUCCCAUCAAAGGUGGACCUGAUGUAGAUGUAGAGAGUAUUCCAGCUAAGAAGUCCCGUCGUGACUCCAGCCAUCUUCAAUCCAAGGAGCCCAUUUCCUCCUCAGUUGCGCCUGUUCUGCAAACAUCUUUAUCACCGUCUUUGAGUGUGCCAAGCAUGUCAUUUACUAAAUCAACCACUGGGAAUACCAUCACAAGUAAUAGAUCGUCAAGCUUAUCAUCCAGUAAACACCAGGUGGGCUACAGUGCAGCAAUUAGUAAGCAACAGAGUCAUAGAUCGCUUGGAGGUCAAUCAAGUUCUGUUGGCCUGACUUCUUCACCCACCAACAAAUCUGGUGUUGGCCCUGCACAAUCUCCUCUCAAAUUCACUUACACCAAGACAGCAUCGAUGUCUGGGAAUACAGUGCCUACCUCUUCAGCUCAAAAGGUCAUUCUGGUGUCAAGCAGCUCGACGUCUUACACGCCGUCUAUCUUGCAGCGAUCUCAGAGUGUUCCUUCUGCAAAGCCUUCAUUUACCAAAGCUGGCACCAAGCAAUCUGUUAUAUUAACCAGUGUGAGUGGCCAAUCAUUCAGGCAGUCUGAGUCAGUAUCUGUUGGCAAACAUCCAGGUAUUGCUGCAGGCGCAAGACAGCAUACAGGCAUAUCCAAUACACCAUUAAUCAACAGGCAGAAAAUAGCAGUCUCAGGCAGACAAGGUGAGGCUAGUGGAAGUCGCAUUUCUACAUCUGACAUGAUGCCAGGGACAACUGCUGGUGGGGCUGGCGCAAGAAAGCAAUCGGGCAACGUGGGAUCCGUGUCAGCUGUGAAUAGCUCAAUUAUCACAGCAAGGACUACAGCAUCUGUCAUAAGUUCUCAGAUGACGUAUGUUGCCCCCAGUAUGGCUGGAAAACCAAGAGGAAGAGCUGUUAGUAAGCAGAAGCUCCAAAAACAAGUGAACAUGACCCCAACAUGUGGCAUUACAACCCCCACAGAAGAAGUAACAUCCAGCAAAAAACAGCCUGGAAAAUCUGACAUAGGAAUGAAGAUUCUAACUCAAUCUGUGACUGCUGGCACAAAACUACCAAGAUCAUCCAAUCAGUCGUCUCCAUUAGUUGAAAUGUCACACAAAGUUUCACUGGCAACUGGUACUAUUUCAACUGGAAAACCUGUAACUUCUGUGGCAGGUCACAAGGUCAUAAUCAGUUCAACUUCUGCUGGCGUUGUUCCACAUCAUGUUGCCGUGACAACACCUCUUAUCAGGACAAAGCCAAGUACAGUGAGCAGCAUGAGCAGUGUUAAUGCUAAGGUGGUGCAGGGUGGUACAGUGAACAUUGGAAGUGGAUCAAAGGUUGUGGUCACCAGUGCAGUGGUGAAUCAGAAGGUGAUACAAACUAUCAAAGCAACAACAACUGCCAAUGUCAGUCAGACUGUGACAAGUAUAGUUGGAAGCAAGUCAAGCAUGCUUCUUCACAAAUCUUAUACGCAAGGAUCUCAAGUAGUCAUCUCAGAUCCCUCCAAGAGCCCACAGGCACAUGUCACAAGUUCACUUUUGCAACGGCCAAAAAUCUCUAUGGUGUCUGCUGCUCCAACUUCUACAACAGCUCCAAGCUUCUUGUCAGCAGGUAUCUGUUUUCCUUCACCUCAAAAUACAAGCAGUAUUGCUAUGACAUCAGUAAAAUCUUCAGGCUCUAGAGGAAUGAGGAGUCCAAUCACCAUGGUUACACCUGGCAGUUUGCUAAGUCAGAAACGGUCAGUUGGAUCAGUGUCUCCAAACACACUACAAAGUAGUGGGAAUACAAGAGUAGUGGAAGAUGUGCAGAGUGGCAGACAAGGAAGAGAUUACUCAGGUAGUUUCACAAGAGGACUUCUUGGUAGUUACCCCCAUCCCAACAAUGAAUGGAUUGAUUAUGAUGGAAGUCCACCUGAUUCAUCUGCAUCAUCUGCAAUUAAGGCACUUCUUGAAUUCAGAUCACACCCCGAUGCACAGAAACAUUCCCAGACUAUUGAUCUAAGUCACAUUGGCUCCAAAUCGGCUAGUAAGACUACAUCACUGCUUACCAUGCCAUCUACCCAGCUAACAACAGCUCCUUCAAGAUUAACUCAUCGUGCAUUACUGACAACUAGAGUGCCCCAGCCAGCAACUGAUAUGCCUACCUUAGGAUCUCCAGCUGGAGAUGUUUCACAGUCUUCUCCAACUUUGUUGACAAACAUACAGAGCAGACUGAAAAAGGCUUUGAUGUCAGAUAGACCAGAAAAGCCAGCAUCAGCUGCUUCCUUUCUCCAAUCAGCUACUGCGGAAGUUGAAAAAGCUUUUCAAGAGCAGAGCAAAAUCCAUCCAGCGAAACAAGACGUGUCUUUAAAGGAAACUGUGCUUAGCUGUUCCCAGGAUGAAAGAGCAAGUUCUCCAAGUAGACAGUCAAAUAGUCAUAUCCACAUGAAGGGACAAUCCCAGAAAGGCAAGAAGGAAUCACAAGAAGUCACCAUUGAAGAUCAAGGUGUUGUCACUGAUCGAGUCAAUGUCUCAUCAGAAGAAGUAUCAUCAUUUGUUGAUCAGUUUGAACAAUUCUUAGAAAGUGAAGGAAUAGAGGAGGUUAGUGAAAUUCAGGAAAAGAGUCAAAGUGACCAUGUAGCUAUGCAGAAGUCAUCCGUAUCAAAAAAGACUGGACAAUCCACUGAUUCUUUUAAAUCAUUGUCUGAAGUGUUAUCAUCAACACCUGCUGGUUUGUCAGACUGUGUAUCCAGUGGAAGUGUUGCUACUGACUUUGCCUUACCAUCAUGGAGAAAGAAAACAGAUUUUGAAACAUUGACUUGUGGUCAGAAGGGAGCAGCAAGUGUUGUUAUGGAAUCGACUUCAGUUGACAUUUCACAAAUGAAGUUGGAAGAUUUCACAAGUCAGAGACUUCAAGAUUCUGAAGAUGUUGAUGAUGAGAAACAGAGUAAUACAAGCUUGGAGUCCAGUCCAGUAAAAAUAACAGGAAGUUGUGUUAAUGUUUGUGUGAGUGCUGGAACUGGGCUUGGAUCUGAAGAAACACAGGGUGUACGGAUUAGUAAUCGAAAGCGUAAAGCACCAGCACCCAUUGAUGAGGAACCUGGACCAACUAGCAUGUCUAGCUGGGCAAGGGCAGCUUUCAAUUUGUUGCAGCGGGUGAUGAGGUUUAGAGGUGCCAAUCGAUCAAAGGGAGACUUGAAUGCAGCAUCUUGGUUUACAAGGCCAGUUGCAGCAUCUGAAGCACCAGGUUACAAUCGAGUCAUCAAAUACCCAAUGGACUUCGGAACUGUAAAGAGAAAAUUGGAGAAUGGACGGUAUGACAAUUUUGCUGACUUUCACAAUGAUAUGAUGCUGGUACACAAUAAUUGUGUACAGUAUAAUCCUCCAGGCCAUGAGAUAAGAAGAGAUUGUGAAGAGGUGUUUCAGUUCUACACAGCUGAGUACAAAAAGUUAAUAGAACGUUGGGAAAAGCUUUCUCCCAAAAAGCCGAAGGUUGAAGAUCAACGCUCUGACAAGGGUAAAUCCAUAGCAUCAAGAUCAAUUAUUCUGUAAUAAAAAUCUGGUUGUGAUCAAAAUUUCAAUGCCCAAUAGUCCUCUAACUUUGGAGUGUCGAGAGUUUCAGAUUUACAGUCAAGAGUUGAAAUUUGGUAAUAUUUUGUUUGUAUAUUUGCACUAGGAAGAUUAAAUUUGGGAGAUUAAGAAUAUGACAGAUUAUGCAUUACCAGUGUCAGCCUCAUCCACUUCGUCGAGAUUUCAGUGGUAAUGUUUAAUUGCACAAAUGGUACUUCGUGUCCAGUAAGUGCAAAUUGUCUUCGUAUGAAGGUUAUAUAUUUGAUAAUUUUUCUUGCUCUUCAAGUAUGUCUUGAUGUAUUUUUAAAAUUAAGUUUGCCCUUUACCAACCGUAAUUUGUAUAGAACAUGUAAAAUUGGCAGUUCUGUAAUUUGAAUGCACAUUUUAAAUUAGUGCAUGUGUUGAUAUUAAGCUACCAAAAAUUUCUCUGCUUUUCUUGUGUAUGUAUAAUUUAGGACAAACAGCUUUCUGCUGUUGUAAUUUUGUACAGUGAACAUGUAUUGCUUCACUGUCACCAUCCCAAUAAUUUUACACAAUAUGACAGAAAAACCCAAAUUUUUAUUUAAAACAGUUAGCUAAAUUGGAAUAUCUGAGGAAUGAGGAGAAAAUUAUAUUUGUAACCAGAUUGAGUCCAAGGCCAUGGGUUUUUUAUAAAACAGACCAGUUAUAUCUACGCACGGCAAAAGUAGUGAUUGCGCGGGUAAUUAAAAUGACCUCUGACACAGACUGCAUAUACUGCGACGAGACACCGUACU